AUGGGUAACUUCAUCACCAAAGCGAUCGCCAGGCUGCUUGCAUUCGUCUAUGGCCUCGUUACGAUCUUCUUAUAUGGCUAUUUAGCCACUAGAGCGGGCAGGUUUUUUAAGAAACGCACUGAAAGACAGAAUUUGGAGCUGCAACUCGCUCGCGAUCGCCUGUGGAACCUUUCUAAAGACUAUGGCGGUCUCUCCCACCACUUUCUAACGCUCCCAAGCGGGUUCAAAUUCCAUUUCGUGAGCAAUGAUGCCCCGGGCUCUCCGUCGGCAUUAGCAACGGACAGGCCUCUCGUUAUCUUCAUUCAUGGAUUCCCCGACAGUUGGGCGAUCUGGCGUCAUAUCGCCACCGCGCCAUCUCUUCAGAGUUCUGCCAAUAUUGUUGCUAUUGACCUGCCCGGAUAUGGUGGCACGGAAAGUCUGGAGAAAUACACGGCUACGGCCGUCCUGGAGAAACUCACCGAGCUUAUUAUUACCCUACGCAUGCAAUAUGGUGUUGACCAGGGUACCGAGACAAAUAGGAAGCGUGUCAUCAUCAUGGCUCACGACUGGGGAUGCGUGCUGUCGAUGCGACUUGCAGCCGAGGCACCAUCACUGGCACAUCGAUUCAUUUUGUCUAAUGGCCCAUUGAUGAGCUUGGCUCGAUCCAACAUUAGCCGGAUCAUUGCUUCAGCAUCCAAAAUGUUCAAGACUGCCCUAGCCACUCCACUCUCAUCCCGUACCCCAUUACUCCAGGCCCUUCGAACCCUGGGACCCGUGUUCCGCCAACUCAAGAUGUCCGGCUACGUCUUUGCCAUGCAGUUGCCUCCUGCGCUGGUGACUUACUUUCUGACGGGAGGCAACUACUCCUUCAUGGCAGCCAUUCACAAGGGCUCUCACGGGCGAGCCGAGUUCACCCCCAGCGAUGAAGGUACCUCCAUGGCCAGCAGCAUGGGCCCGUCCCUGGCCGAGUCCAAGACGCAGACUGCCGGCGGCGAGUCAUACCCGCGUACCAUCAAGUAUACUCAUGAUUUCGCCAACAUCCUCAACAUGGCCGGGUAUUACCGCGAUGGCGCAUCCGUCGCACGCUGGCGCAAGUCCGUCGAGACCGUCGCCAAUCUGCACAGCAUUGCUGGCGGCCACGAGCUGCGGCGCUCGAACAGCGGAGCCGGUCUGCUGGAUGAGGGCACCCCCGGUGCUCUGCAGGCGAGCUCGACCGUAUUCUGGGGUCAAAAGGACAUUGCGCUGAACCCACAGAUUUGCCUGGAUGGCAUGGCCGAUUACUUGGUUGCCGAUAGCCAGGUUGUGAUGCUGACCGAGUCGGGCCACUUUACUCCGAUCGAGCAGGAGAGCCGGGUUGCCAUGGUGAAGGCCGUAGAAUGGGCCAUUCACGGCGAGAAGGGCGAUAUCGGGGCCGUUAUUCAGGAGUGCUAUCCGAGCGCAAAGGUCAUUGCCCGGCGAUAA